AUGGACGCCUACCCAGUCGACUAUGUCAAUCACAACCUCCCUUUGGUCCUGCUCUCAGGCCUGGAGGCAGGACCAGAGGAGUGGACAGAAAAUACAGGCUCAGAAACAUACCCCCUCUUGGCCGAGCGUGGCCCUCAUAUCUUCUCCGAUUUCCCUCCGCUAAGCGGGGCUCUUGCGGAGGAGCUGCGGCGAGUGUUGCUAAAGGAGGAUGCCUCGCACAUGCCCUGGAGAGCACGGCAGAGCUCAACCGGGAGCCCCAAUGCGCCCCAUGUGGGAUACAAGAUCAAGAGUACAGGACGGUCUUACAAGCUUCCCCCGCGCAAGGCCGACCCGCCACAAAUCUCCCCUCCGAUGAGCCCCUCGGCGGAUACAGAGAGCAAUGUCUCCGGAUCAGGCACACCGUAUGUGCUCCAUUCACCCAUAUCACCCUUGUCGCCCGGCUCGCCCACCUUCCCCGAUGGUCUCCUCACGCCGCUAUGGGUGACGAAACACCAGGAACUCGUGCCGGCCGCGGUAAUCAACUUCUUCCCUUUCUCGCUGGACCCGAAUAUGGAUUCGCUGCGCGAUAAUCAACUCAAGAUCGAGAUCAAUAGUCUCAAGAAAGAGUGGGCGUCCUCGGGAUUCAAGACGCGAUUUUUGACUGUGUUGAUAUCUGAGGAGGGAGAUGGAGGCUAUGAUGGUGAGAUUGACGAUCGAGUCGCGGCAAUCCGGCGAGCCACGAACCUGGACCAAAGAUCCAUCUUUAUGAUCCCGCCCGAUGCCACCACGACCGAGUUGAAGGAUUUUGUAGACUCCCUGUUUUCUCUUCUGCAGCCAUCGGUUGUGGAGUACUACCGGGAUCUAUCGAAGCAUGCCCGCAGAAAGCGCAACAGAAGUAGCAUCCCGCCGCCGACUGCGCCACCCACCACCGGCACGUCGCAGACGCUUUCGUUACAGGGCUGGAAUGUUCGCUACGAAUUCAAGCUGGGGAUCUUUGCCGAGUUCCGACAAGAAAUGGACGCGGCUUGCCGGAAUUACGAGAGUGCGUACGAAACCCUCUUCGGGCAAGAGGUUUUUGAAAACAUCGCAGGGUGGGAUCCCCGGUUCAAUGAUGCGCGCCUCUUGGGAGAUGCACUCGCCGUUCGUAUCAUCCGUUGUCUACUGUGGACGGGCCAGACCACUGCAGCCGCACGCUUCUGGGUGGAUCACAGGAUACGAACGAAAGACAUUGUCAAUAGACGCGGCAAGGGGAGCAAGAAUUAUGGAUGGGAGGCUUGGGAAGCACGGUGGCCAAUGGUCAUGGCCGAACUCAUCCGUCGUGCAGAAUCUACGCUCCCUGCGCCGGAGACCUCGAUCGACCCCCUGGCGUUGUCGAUAUUCAAGGCCCCCGAGAAAUCCAUUCCGAACCCCGAGCGAGUGAACCCGUGGGAACAAUUGCACCACGAGGGUUAUUGGCUACAUCAAUCUGCCAAGCAUACCAUGCUCCGGCGGGUACUUGCUGAGCAGAUCCCCGAUGAUGAUCGGCUAACGCCGGGCCAAUCUCCGGCCUCUCAGAUUGCUAGCAAGUCUUACUUGUAUGAUACCUAUCUUGCUCCGGAAACCCACGAGGAAUUCCCCAAAUCAGGCCAAGAUGGAUUCAACCACUCGAACUUGAUUUUGAGCACGCUAAAGGCGGCUCUUGAAGAGUUCUCGAAACGCCAACAGAUACGCAAGGUGGAAAGUCUGAGUCUUGAGAUUGCUCAAGAAUACAUGCGGGUUGGGUCGUGGUCGGAAGCUUAUCAGAUGCUCCAGCCCCACUGGGCAACCCUCAGUUGGCGUCGCGCUGGGUGGUGGCAAUUGAUGGAACCGUUUGGCUGGGCCUUGAGAGAGAGCGCUCUGCAUGUACAGGAUAAGGAGACAGUCCUGAAAGUGGACUGGGAACUCCUCAACAAGGCUUUCUCCCCAAGACAUGCAUGGAAUCAUGAUAUCCACCAAAGUUUAGAAAGUCUUCCUUUGGAAAAACCCAAACCCUCGGUCGUUCUCCGGGCCGAAGAUGUGAUGACCUGCUUGAAUGCCUCUCUCGUUUUUGAAAAAUCCGAAGGCAAUGUUGGCGAGCCCCUGCAGGCUCAACUGACCCUUUCAUCAUGCGCUCAGUCAGUAUCGGCUCCUAUCAAGCUGUCAGAAGUCAAACUUGUUUUUGAAGGAUGUCUUCGUCCAGUCAAGAUCCAAUCGGACCACAACGAGGACUCGGACACAAAAUCACCAUGCUGUAUCUCAUCAAUUUCCCUGCGCAAGCCCAGCAGUCCAGGUGACACAUCCGUACAGUCUCCAACUGGGGCUCUGACUACCCUAAUUGGCAUGGCCGAUCUGACGAUUGGGCCUGGCCAGACAAAGGUGUUUAAUAUCACAUGCAUUCCUCGCGAGGCCGGAGAUGCCCAGGUUGCUUCUAUCGCAAUGCUCGUCGAGGAAGAGAAAUUCGACCUUACAUAUGUGAUUACAGACCACACCCAGCGUCAAUCUUACUGGUGGCAACAGACCAAGAAGGGUGCGUCGCGGAGGAGAGUUGGUAAAGAUCGAGAUACUGGACGGUGCAAAAUCAUGCCGAAGCCGCCCAAGAUCCGCAUCUCAACGCCGAAUCUCCGAAGCACUUAUUAUACCAAUGAGCGGGUGGCUUUGCAAAUCGGCAUCCACAAUGAAGAAGACGAGGCCAAGCUGGAGUGGUCCGAUGCAGAGACCAGCCCCGAGCCAGAAGGAUCAGGCACAAGCACUCCUCUUGAAGGAGUUUCUCACUUCAUCAAGCGAACUGUCGGUAUUUUGGAUCGUGCCGCGGAUAAUGAACUUACUGUCGUGCUGGCUGAUACCCAAGAUGCUGCAAAGUACUCUCUCGAGAUCACCGCCAUCUACCAUCUCGUUUCUGAUGUUCAAACACCCAUCAUAAAAACGAUAACAGUCGAUCUCUCAUUCGUUCGACCGUUCGAGGCCAACUACGAGUUCCUUCCUUGCAUUCACCCUUCACCAUGGCCGAACUUUUUCUCUGUCAACGAAGAGCUACUCGGAAAGUCGCCACCACCACCAGUUGGCUUGUCGCAGAAAUGGUGUCUCAAUUCCAAAGUCGUCUCCUUUGCCCUGGAGCCACUCGUUAUCGAGAAAAUGGCUCUGAAAGCCGUCGACAUAAGCAUCGGCACCGUAUGCAACCUUGAACCUGAAACUCUCGUCAGCCAAGAGUUGCCGCAAAUCUCACCAGAAGAACUGCGCGAAUCCAACUUCUUCCUCGACAUCCAGAAACAAUUGCUUGGCGAUCGCCGACCUACUGCAAUAAACUUUGCAUUGGAAAUCACCUGGCGCCGAGCAUCCCCCGAGCCCGAGACCGAGACCAGCACCGCAAAAACCGCAGCAAACACGACAACCAGCAUCCUCGAAAUCCCUCGCUUCGUCGUCCCAAUGGGAGAACCCAGAGUUCUGGCCUCGGCCACUCCAUCAACGAAACUAUCUGGAUUGAUCCACCUGGAAUACACGCUGGAGAACCCGUCCACACACUUUUUGACAUUCAACCUGAUGAUGGAGGCUAGCGAGCACUUCGCUUUCAGCGGUGCCAAGACUACUGUCAUCCAGCUUGUUCCGUUGAGUCGGCACACGGUCAAGUACAAUAUCUUGGCUGCGAAACGCGGGCUAUGGAUUCAGCCGCAGUUGGUUGUUGUGGAUACUUAUUUCAAUAAGACGUUGCGGGUUCUGCCUACUGGGGACAUGCGUGCGGACAAGAAGGGCGUCCUGGUUUGGGUUGAUGCGGAGGAUUAA